AUGCCAGUAUCAUGGGAAAUUGAAGUAGCAGAAACUCAUCAGGUGCUGUGUAUGAAUAAUCUACGGAAACGUAUCGUCCUACAAGCUGAUGUCAGGUUGGAACUGAUUUUAAACGAAUUGUUAGCUUUUUUUUUCUUAAGACGUGAUGUAAUGAUAGCAGCAUUGAUCAGGGCUGAUGAAUUUGGAAUGUCAACUGCACCAUUGAUUGUUCUUGGUGAUCCAAUUUUACGAGCAAAAUUCAAGGGAAAACUGAAAUAUGUUGCCAAUUUUUUGUUUAUGGUUGCUAAAGAAAUGCGUUAUUUCUUAUCAAAACAGCUUAUGAACAUUACAGGAAGCCAUAUGUCGACUUACUAUACGCAAGUACGAGUCCUAAAGAAGAAGGCAACUAUGUUGGAAUUCAGUAAUAUCCUACUGAAUGCUCAGAAACGUUUUCCGAACUGUGAUAUUCAGGGAAGUACUGUUGAAAUAAAUAUUAACGGUUUGAAAGAACGAAUAAUAAAAGCAGCGAAAGAUUUGUUCAGUGAGAAUGGUAGACGUAAUGGUUAUAAGCUUUUCAAGAUUGCUAACGCGGAUCGUGCAUUUGGCUUUGGAAUAAGUUAUCAUAUAUCGAAACAGUUAGGUGAAAUGGGUUAUCGAACGAUCUUCAAUUCGUGUCAGUCUCGUAUGAUAUGCACGACAAAAUUUUGGUGCAUUUUUGGUAAAAAGUCACUUUAUCUCGAAGAUGAGCUAAUGGAUUUAAUGGAAAAUGAAGUAUUUUCACAAGUAAUAACUUCAAGAGAUCGCAAAUUCUCAAUGGAUAAUCAAAUUGCUAUUAAUCCUGUACGGCGAAAAAUGGAAAUGAAAGACUCGCAGCAGGAAGUUGAAGAGAAUGAGGAGGAGAACCCUCAGAUAUCAAUGAAUCAGAUAUUGAAGAUACAAAUGGCUGUAUCAUUGAUAUUGAAAAUAUAUGUGCUGCAUAUUUUGAAGGAUAAUAAUGAAUCACUAAAUAAAUCAAGGGGCUUCAUGAAAUAUCAUCGCCAAGCAGUGGUUUAUCAGCCAGCUGAAGAACAGAUAAAAACUUGGACCGAAAUUACGAAUUAUGGUACUGACAGUCAAAUAUUCACGUACAGUACUGGCAAAUGUAUUGCAAUUAUUGAUAGUGGCCCAACUGCAUUUCAACUCAAACGUCAGAGAAGAACAGAAAGACCACAAAGUAGUUUCUCAGAAAUGGUAGCUGCAGCUCAACUGAGUAAGAUGGGACAUGCGGUUGUCAUAUACGAGAAGAAAAAUUAUUCAGUCAUCGGUUUCAUCCUACGCUCCAAUUUGCAAUACUUUACUUGCAAUGAUUUAUAUGACAUACCAACGAUGAGAUUGGAUAAGUAUGUUGUUGAUAGAAAGAUCAAAUUAUUGGAAGAUAAAAGUGUUCGGUUUGUAACAAAUACUGAAAUACGUAAAUACAUCCCAUCAGACAACGACGCAAUACUAAUUUGUACGGAUUCAACGAUACCACGUGAUCUUUCGAUUUCAAAUCACGGAGUGAAAAGAUUUUGUUUUAUGAUGGAGUUCUUGGAGGAAAGUCAACAGAUUGUGGCUAGUGAAGAAGAAGACUGGGAAUGUCAAAGUUUGGAUGUUAAAGGGAAGGGAAUCAUUAUUCAAUGUACCGCUAUUGAUUGUAUCGCAAUCUAUUCCAUGAUCACAGUGGUCCGUCAUAUUUUGUUUCAUUAUGGACAUGAAGAGCGUAAAGAGAUUAGUGAUGAUGAUACACGUAGAGAAAAGAAAGUACCACGUGGUUUAUGUAUUUAUGCCAUAAGAUUCACAGGCUCAGAAAGCUAG